AUGGCCAUUUCAAAAACGGAUUCCACUCCUGUUAGUUCCACCCCUGUCAGCAGCCAGGGUAAUGACACUUUACAACUGACAGUCGAAGUGGUUUUUUACUUCCGAGGAGAAACUUUCUCCGAGAAUUUUCCAAAUAAUUCUUCUAUUGAACAUCUUGUCAACUUUGCGGAGGGUAAAUUAAAUUUGAAGCCUAUAAAACUAAAAUCAAGAGAAAAUGGGAAACAAUUUGAAGGUGCAGAGAGAUUAAUGGAUUUGAUGCCAGAAAAUAGUGAAGGUCACCAAAUUGAAGUGGACGUGGAACCUUUACACAGACGUCUGGGUGGUGAUAGAAUGGAUGUACCUGUAUCUGAUGAGGAAACGCUGAAUCAGCCAAUUCCCGCGACAGCAGAGAGUGACGAAUGUACAGUAGCGUCAGCACUAGCGGAAAAAACAUUACAGUGA